GCUCUUGCACCCGUUGGCGGCGGCUGUAUUCUACCUUUUCCCUCGACCGUCAUGUUGCAGGAGGAUGCGGAGGGCUGUCUGGCGCAGCAAAGGGAGGAGUGGGAGGUGCUUGAGUCCAUCUACCCCGAAUGCACGACCACGGACUUUGUUGAGGGCGCGACCCUCAAGCUCGAGAUACCCGUCGAGCUACCCGCAGCACGCAUCUUCACCAUAUCUGCACCACCCGAAGUCGCCUCGGGUACCAGCGCACCAAAGCUCGCUACCUCGCUCUCUAUGCUCCCGCCCAUCCUCCUUCACAUCAUGUUACCCCCGACCUACCCGGCUUCAAGCCCCCCGGAGAUUAAUUUCCUUCACUCCACACAUAUGUGGUUUCCGCACCUCAAAUCCCUUCACGAAACCCUCAUGAGCAUGUGGCAACCCGAGGAAGGCGUGCUAUACAACUGGGUCGAUCACAUCAAGAGCGGUCAGUUUCUCGAUUACAUACCCUCUUCCUCCAGUGACGAUGAUAUUGAACUCACCCACCACGCACCCCCGACCCUCCUCGCCCAGCUACAAGCCUACCAAUCCGCCGCCCUCACCUCCCAAUUCUCCUCGAACUCCUACCCCUGCGCCGUCUGCCUUACGUCCCUCAAGGGCGCGAAAUGCCUCCGUCUUGCUUGUGAUCACAUCUUCUGUCGCGCCUGCCUAGAGGACUUCUGGAAGCUCUGCAUAGCGGAGGGCGACGUAGGACGUGUGGGCUGCCCGGACCCGGCGUGCGUGAAAGACAAUAGAGAGGCGGAGGAAGAGGAGGUGGCGAGGGUGGUGACCGCGGAGGAGCUGGCGCGAUGGCGGUGGUUGAGAGAGAAGAGGGAUCUGGAGAAGGACCCAACUAUCAUUCACUGCCCAAUCGCCACCUGUCAGCGCGCCAUUCCAAAACCGAAGGACAUCCUGGACCCGUCCUCAGGCUGGGAUCGCUUUCGCAGCUGCCCUUCCUGUUCCUUUUGCUUCUGCGCUUUCUGCAAACGCACCUGGCACGGCCCCAUCUCUCACUGCCCCAUCUCCGUCUCCGAAAAGAUCGUACGCGAGUACCUCGAGCUUCCGGAGGGCUCUCCCGAACGCACCGCCCUCGAGCGCAAGUACGGCAAGGGCACGAUCACAAAGUUGGUGGCGACGUGGGAGAACGAGCUCGCGAACCAGAAGUGGAUACAGGACUCGACGAUGGCGUGCCCGGGGUGCAGGGUGAAUGUGGAGAAGAGCUUGGGGUGUAAUCAUAUGACCUGCUCCAAAUGCUCACAGCACUUCUGCUAUCGGUGCGGCGCGCGCCUGCGCCCCGAAAACCCCUACGAACAUUUCUCAGCGAACCCCAUGAGCAAGUGCUUCGGCAAGCUCUUCGACUUCAAGGCGGAGGAUCUGGAGUGGCAGCCGGAUGGGUUUAUUUUGGUGGAUUGACCCGUAGGAUUUGGCGGCACGACCGUCGCAUCGGAGGUAAUAUACUCAUAUACGGUUCAAUCUAGAGGGUUGGAAUACCGCGAACUAGUAAUUUGCUCCGCACAACGGCGAAAUGUAGAUCCCCGUCGCCACGAGGUGACCGUCGCG